GAAGGGUGCCUCUGACUUGAUGAAGUUAUUCACAAAAGUAUUGAUACUGUUACUCUCACUCAAAUAAUUCUAUUGGCGAUGACUUGCACUAUUUCUAUAAAGUAACAGUACUUUUACCACUACCUCCCUUUGCCUGAAUGGAAAAGAAAACUUUACAUCAUGCGUUUAAAACUGGUCAUUGUUUUAGAGUUUUUAAACUUGCCACAUGGCAGAAAAAUGUGUUGACACUGUCCAUAGUGCAUUAAUUAACAUACACCAUAUGUGUUUUAAUCUGCGUACACACAUUAUGGUGUAUGAAACUUUUUAAGAAAUGUCUGAGUGACCUUCAAUUAUUAAAUAUUAUAAAAUUAUAGAUAUUCUUAUUUACAGUAAACAGAGCAGGGUAACGUUAUAAGAAUAUUAGUAGAAUAAAUAAUUAACCAAUAUGUUUCCAACAGUCUUGACUACAGGCAGUUUAAUUCAUAUUCAUGUAUGUACGCAGCAACUUUUCAAUUAGUCGUUGCAUUGUUUAAUGCAACACAGUUUCUAAUAUAGUUUAAUCAAAGUAGUGUGUGUGUGUGUGUGUGUGUGCUAAAAUAGACAGAAUUAUCUGCUACUUCAUUAAUUGGAGCUGGCAAAGUUAAAAGUGAUGAUUAAAUUAUUGUCACUCAAAUUCUAACAAUAUCAGCAUUUUCUGUGGAAACUGACUAUGCAUUAUAUGUAAUGUAUAUCAUAGUAUAGUCUAUUAUUUCGUUUGUAAUGUAUAGAACAAACACAUUGGUUAACUAAUUGAAUGCAUUAUGGUUCUCAGACCUUCUGCCGUUUUUUUUCUUCUUUCUUUCUCAACGCCAUUUAACUCGAUGUUGUUGUUGCCUUGACCCGGGCAGUGGACUCUAUUAACUGACAACGGCUCGUCAUCGUCCAUUACCGUUUCCUUACCCGGCAAGGAGCCGGAGCUUUCAUCCCCAGGUCUAUUUUUUGUUGUUGUUGUUGUUGCCUGCCACGAUGGCUUCUUCAUCUGGGAACGACGACGACCUCACCAUCCCCAGAGCAGCCAUCAACAAGAUGAUUAAAGAGACUCUCCCGAACGUGCGAGUGGCCAACGACGCCAGGGAGCUCGUGGUCAACUGCUGCACGGAGUUCAUCCACCUCAUCUCCUCCGAAGCCAACGAAAUAUGCAACAAGUCCGACAAGAAGACCAUCUCUCCUGAACACGUCAUCAACGCUCUUGAGAGCCUGGGUUUCGCCUCGUACAUCACGGAGGUAAAAGGCGUCCUCCAGGAGUGUAAAACGGUGGCUCUGAAGAGGAGGAAGGCCAGCUCUAGACUGGAGAACCUGGGGAUCCCAGAGGAAGAGCUCCUCAGGCAGCAGCAGGAAUUGUUUGCCAAGGCGCGGCAGCAGCAGGCGGAGCUCGCCCAGCAAGAGUGGCUCCAGAUGCAGCAGGCCGCCCAGCAGGCACAGAUGGCAGCGGCGUCCGCCAGCGCCGCCCAGCAGGCCAGCUCCUCUCAGGACGAAGACGAGGAGGAUGACCUGUGACUCCCAGGACUCCGCUCCUCCAGGAUCCCCCUCCUGGGACCCCGCUGGCACACGACUCCCUCGGUGCGGUCAUUGGCAGAGACGCGAUGCGGGUUUGACCGCUGGCUUACAUCCGUGUAACAUGGAUAAUGCACAUCGGACUGGACGCUGAAGAGAAAGAUGACCGCGGUGUUCAAGACGGCCUCACUCGCGUUCAGGCACCGGAACCUGAAAAUGAUUUGGAUCGAGAGGCUGCAGAGUUUUGGAUGAGCCUCUCCCUCUUUUCCUCCCCCAGAUGCUUCUGUUUAAUUCAAUCUUGAUAUUUUGUUGUGAGUGAUUUGUAGAUUUCUGGAUGUGUUGUGGACGCUGAGGGCAUUGCCCGGAAUAUGUCAGUGAAUUUUGGUGAUGUUGCAACAAGUGUUCGGAGCCGCGGGCGCUGCACCGGAUCGCUUCGUCACGUUAUCCGUUGUACUAGAUCAUGUUCGGUGCUUUAGAAUAAUUUCAGAGCAGUCGAUUUCUCCCUUCUUGUGGUUUGAUGGUCACUUUAACAGAAAGGGUUAUCUCUACCCCCCCCCCCCCCCCCUCUCUGAUACAUGUGUUCAUCAGAGGAGUUGUGAAUAUAGGAAUCUUUCUUUUCUUUUCUUUUUCCGUGAAGUAGAUAAUUAAAUGGACAUUUUGGUUGAUUUUAGCUCUUUCUGAUGCUUAAUGUUGCAUUUUUCUUUCAUGAACCACCCGCAGUAUUGCUAAUUAGCUACACGUUUCAGAAACUCAAUAUUUUAGUCUCAUAGAACCAAAGAUAGAAGAGAUAGAGGAGACUCACAGCCCAGAGUUGGUGGUUUUUUCUUAUUCUUUUUUUUUUAAAGGUGUAAUGCUGAGGUGAUUCUUGCUGCUGACUCCGGGUCAGUCUGAAAAAUGUUAAGGAUUAUUAACCUUGGAAUUUGUAAGAUGCUUUGAUAUCCAGGCUGAAUUUGUUAUUCCCCCUCUCUUCGGGGGCAGUAUCAAACAUUUGCAUUGUGACUGGCCAAUCCUCAGCGUAAAGACAAGUAACCUGUUGUGAUACACAUUCGCUCGCCUCUGCUACGGAGUUGUAUUCUUUCAGCAAUAAAGGAAUCAUAUUUUAGAGACAACUAUUAUGUCUUUUGGUUAUGUCUUCUUAGACAUUUAUUGUUCUGUAUCUAGAUGUUUGACUCGCCCCCCCC